UGAGUAAUUGUCUGUCUGAUUGUAUUGUCUAAUCGAGUCGCAAACACGCGAAAAUUUCCAGGUUUCUAGAUAACAAAAAGAAUAAGAAUGUCUUCAUCAAAGUCAGUUUUCAUUCCGUCGCAGUUUUUGUACCCGCGCAGUUAACCUAAUUACUUAAGAAAUGAAGAUCGUCAAAGUCAUGUUGUUGAUGUUUGCUGUAUCGUUGGGAUGGGGACGCGAUCUUGAGCCUCAAAACACGAGGAAACAACCACAGCUUGUAUAUUACAAAUUCUUCACACCCAUGAAGCUGAUAGCAGAGGCCUCGUUCAUCCAUCACCACAACUCCAUCACUCCUCGUCUUCUCACCUUUCUUAGCGCUCCAAGCCACCUCUAUCGUCUAAUGAUUGUUCCUCUGAUUCCUCCUGGAGUCAUUGACGCAGAUGCUAAACUUGUCGUCAAGAUGGCGGUUGCUUUAGAAACAAAAUAUGGCCAAGGAGAAAGUGACCCCUCUUUCGCUGUUUCUGAUAGUAAUCGCUUCAUUGGUGUGCUAACAACUGAUAAAUUGAAUUACGCAUCUUAUAGUCCAUGUCGUGGUAUCGAAGGAGAUAGCGGGCUAACAAUAACGAAGCGUAAUGCAGAUAGCCCUCUCCCAAAGCCCUCCGAAUCCUAUUACCCAGGAAGAUUCGACAUCCAUCUGAGCCUGUCUGACAGGUGGGGAACCUGUUUCAUCUCGCACGAUGGCGGCUUUAGCAGAGAGAUGAUUUAUCAAAACAAGCUGAAUCCUGAAAAUGGCCUGUUCUUGGAGAUCUAUGGCGAUGACACAAAUGAAAAAGAAGGCAUCAAGUACAUUGAGCUGACCAUCCUACAGGAAAACUGACAUUUCUUGCUGCUCUCAUGAAAAGAAGGAAAUUGUGUGACUCAAAAGUUCACUGUACUUGUUGAGAUCGUGCUGAUUAAAGAUAAACCUUG